UCUAACAGAGCGUAAGAAGAGAAAAGAGGUGAAAACCAACUCGUUGCUUCCCUCUAAACACAAACAGCAACUCGUUGCUUCAACAAUGGCUUCAAAACAAUCAAAAUCAAAUUCAAAGCCGAAACAAACACUUAAAGAGGUCAAAACCCUAGGAAUACAGCUACUCUCUUCAACAGCUCAUGUUAACAAUCUCCCUCUCCUUCUCACCUUCAUCUCCUCGAACUACCCUCCUCAGUACGUCGUCGAAUCUCUCCUCUCUCUCCAGUCCUUCUUCACUCCCCUCCUCCCUUCUCUCCCUGCUUCUUCUUCUUCGAAAAAGUCCAAGAAAACGACAACGGAUGAUGACGAUGCUGCAGUUAUUUACAAAACUUGGCUUCGCUCCAAGUUUGAUGAGUUGGUUAAGUCGCUUCUCAAUCUUCUUUUGUCCGUGGAGCUGGAUGAGACUUUGAGAGAUGUUGUAUUGGAUUCGGUUAUGGAAUUUGUGAAACUCGGGAAUGGAGGAAGAUUCAAUUCGGCUAUUUAUCAUAGAUUACUAUACAAUUUAGUUCAAUCUGCGACCCCGGUUGAUUUUGUGUUAGAAUUGCUUGCCUCCAAGUAUUUCAACUACAUUGAUAUUUGUUACUUCACCUACAUUAGCCUCGACAAACUUGCUAAAACAAUGGGGGAAAAUGACAGCCCUGAUAACAAGGCUAAGAGUGCUGCCAAUGGAGAUGAUGCCAGUCAUCCAAGGGCCAGCAUGGAUCUAUCUAUUCACAAGAUACAUUAUAUCCUAUCAUGCAUCCCCACAGUAGAGGACCCAAAAGAGAAUUCUGAUAAUAAGAUGUGGAGUGGCUUAGGAUUCUCAUCAAAAAAAGGUGAAUCAAAAGAUGCUUCUGAGCUCUCGAAAGUGCAAGAUAAGGAUCAAAAUAAUGUCUUAUCUGCUGCCAGUAUUAGUAAAAAGAUGAAAUUAAAAUUCACCAAGGCAUGGAUUUCAUUUCUUAGGUUACCCCUUCCAGUUAAUGUGUACAAAGAGGUUCUCAUUUCUCUCCAUCAGGCUGUCAUUCCUUAUAUCUCUAAUCCGUUGAUGUUAUGCGACUUCUUAACAAGAUCAUAUGAUAUCGGUGGUGUUGUCAGUGUUAUGGCCCUUAGCAGCCUUUUUAUCCUCAUGACUCAACACGGCUUGGAGUAUCCCAACUUCUAUGAAAAAUUAUAUGCGCUAUUGUUACCUUCUGUCUUCAUGGCAAAACACAGGUCAAAAUUCUUUCAGCUUCUCGACUCCUGCCUAAAGUCACCACUUCUUCCGGCAUAUUUGGCUGCUGCUUUUGCUAAGAGAUUGAGCAGAUUAGCACUUACAGCCCCUCCUUCAGGAGGAGUAGUUAUUAUUGCAUUGAUUCACAAUCUGCUAAGGAGGCAUCCAUCUAUCAACUGCUUGGUGCACCGGGAAGAUGGUAAUGAAAGUGCAGCUGAUAACUCCAAAGCAAAAGGGGAAGAUGCCGGCGAUGCGAACAAUUCUAGAAAUGGAAGUCAUGCUUCUGCUAGAAAACCUGGCAUUGAUCGUUUCAAUAAUGAGGAAUGCAGUCCUAUAAAGUCUAGUGCCUUGAGAAGCUCUUUGUGGGAAAUUGAUACCCUUAGUCAUCACUACUGCCCACCUGUUUCAAGGUUUGUUCUAUCACUGGAGAAUGACUUGACAGUCAGAAAGAAAACCACUGAAGUUAACAUUAACGAUUUUAGUUCUAGUUCAUAUGCAACAAUAUUUGAAGAGGAGCUUAGACGAAGGGUAAAACAGGUUCCAUUGGCAUUUUUUAAAGCAACCCCCACCUCCUUAUUCUCUGAAUCUGAUUUUGCCGGUUGGACAUUCAAAUACGAACAAAGCAAAAGAAAUGAUGCUGUUAAUGGUACCUCAGACAAAUCUGAAGAAAAUGACUGUAGUCCUACAAAACGACAGAGGAUAGAGUGCUCAUGAGACUGGCUGAUUCUACAGGCAUGUAGAAGCUAGAGAUUAUCACUUUUUUUGGAAUCGCAAGACCAAGUAAAUGAAUUCCAGAUCAAUCAGAACUCUUUCCUUUUUUUCUUCUUCUGGGUGUUAUAUUCUGUUCAAGUUUGAGUAAUUGAUUUUUGAGUCUAUUUUACAUGUAGAGCUGUUAGUGUUCAGGCAUGGUAGUAUUACUACGCAUUCCCCUUAGAUUUCAUACAGUUCAUGCUACUGUUAGCAGUAAGCAAGUUUUGGUACACAUGGUUUCUGGGGUAAGGGUUUUGGUUAUCCUUUGUUUAUUGUUUCUGAGGCUGUAUUCUUGCUUUCUUUUUUUUCCAAAAGGUAAUUUGUGAUGGGGGAUGAAAAAUGCAUGUGCUAGUAAUUCAAUUGUAUUAGUUUUAAGUUGCAUUAUUAAAUCACUUUACUGAGUAAAUCUCAUUCAAAUUCUUGGACAGA